AUGAAUGCAUGCAAAGACAACAGAUAUCUGGGCUCGAUCCCAACCCAUUUCCUCCGUGCGGUGCAGAAAAAACGGCCCAGGACCGAUGAUGAUGCAGCCGUGGAAGCUGUUGUGGAGGUCGCACCUGACCCCGACGCCUUCCUCAGCAUCUUCACUGAUGCACAAAAACAGCAUGCUAGUUCACACGGCCUUAUGCUGAACACUGAGGCCGGCCGUGUCCUGGCGGCCAUCCUUAGCUGGCCAUCCCAGUACACCCUGUCUGCAAGCAACGAGGGUACUUUCCUUCGUGCCUACGAGGUCUGUGAGAAGCUCUGCGACGUGGCCGGUCUAUGUGGGGACGACUUCACCGAUCCAAGGCGGCAGGCUGCAACGGCGUUCACAGAUCAACUUGUGACCGUCCUGAAGGAGGGGCCCAAGCCGCUCAAGCCCGUGGAGCUUCAGCGCCUCUCCGCCGGCCUGGCAGCUAUGUGCGGGGGUGGCGGGGGUCGUGCAAAGAAGCCCAAGCAGUCCAGCACGCGCUGCUGCAGGACCAGCACCACCCUUACAGACCGCAUUCUUGACGACUUCCAGGACGACUUCCUUGCUACGAGCAUCUUCGAAAACAUCGAGAACUUGAAGCCGCGCCUGGCAAAGAUUGUUGCGGACUUUGGGGGGGUUGAUAAAGUUGCUUCCCUGGUGGGCAUGAAGAAGCACGAAAAGGUCACGGAGGACCUCGUCUUUGAUAAGCUGCGCGGCGCCACUAAGACCAAGUGGAGGAACACACGGCACCUAAAGAAAGGAG